AAGUCCUCACAUGCUGCACAACAGAGUCAACAGGCUGGACGAGGCGCAGGCGGCACAUCGCUCCAAACGGACAACAACAAAGCAGCGGUUCGACUCCCCGUGGCCACUAACUUCACUUUAUUCCACUAGAAAAAGGCCUUUUUACAAGCACAUUUUCUUUUAUUUUUUACGACUGUUAAUACAGAUCCCCGCCGGCUUGGGAUGUGACUUCCAGCGCAGACUUUGCGCCCAGGCGGAGCACAGUUUUCCCGGACAGAUUGAUCUCACAUUUCAGCGCCGAAGUGACUUUUUUCGGGGGAGGGGGAGCGACAGGUUGAUCACAUUUACAUGACAUUUUAACUCUUGUCAUUUCAAAAAACGAAAACAAACAAAAAAAAAACCUCUCGACUAUGGCGGAAGCGGCCCAGCAGCCACACCUGGUGGAGAUUGACCCGGAUUUUGAGCCCCUGUCGCGGCCCCGGUCGUGCACUUGGCCCCUGCCCCGGCCGGAGUUCAUCAACCCGGGCGACUCCAACACGUCCUCGCCGGUGCCGUCCGUGAAGCAGGAGCCCGCCGGUACCAACGACUUCAUCAACAACCUGAGCCUGCUGGAGGAGACCGAGGACUUCACGGAGCAGAAGCCCGUCGUCCUCUGCACUGAUUUCCAGUGUCAGGAGAACUGCGUCCACCAGCAACCUCCACAGCAGCAGCAGCAGCAGCAGCAGCCUCCACAUCAGCAGCAGCAUCAGCAGCACCCGAACCCACAACUCCCCCAUCAGCAGCAGCAGCAGCAGCAGCAGGUGCCUCUGCUCUCCACCCCGGUGGGCUCGUCCUCCUCGGCGGCCGCGGCAGCCGCUGCAGCCGCUGCCCAGAGGAAGAGCAGCUCCUCCCGGCGAAACGCAUGGGGGAAUAUGUCAUAUGCAGACCUCAUUACCAAAGCUAUCGAAAGUUCUCCCGAGAACCGACUAACUCUGUCUCAGAUCUAUGACUGGAUGGUGAAGAGUGUGCCUUAUUUCAAGGACAAAGGAGACAGCAACAGCUCUGCAGGCUGGAAGAACUCCAUUAGACACAACCUGUCCCUGCACAGCCGCUUUGUUCGCGUCCAGAAUGAAGGGACGGGGAAGAGCUCGUGGUGGAUGUUGAACCCAGAAGGUGGGAAGAGCGGCAAGUCCCCACGACGCCGGGCGGCCUCCAUGGACAACAACAGCAAGUUCACCAAGAGCAGAGGGAGAGCAGCAAAGAAAAAGCUGUCCCUGCAGGGCGGCCCUGACGGAGGUGCAGACAGCCCUGGAUCCUACUCCAAGUGGCCUGGCAGCCCCAACUCCCACAGCAACGACGACUACGAUGCAUGGAACAGCUUCAGGCCUCGGACAAGCUCCAACGCCAGCACGCUGAGCGGUCGCCUCUCUCCCUUCAUGCCUGAGGAUGACCUGGGAGAGGCAGACGUGCAUAUGGGCUACCCAGGAGCCCCCGGGGCCAAGAUGACAGCCACGCUGCCCAGCCUCACCGAGAUGACAGGCUCUUUGGGACACAGCUCUGAGAACGUCAUGGAGAAUCUUCUGGACAACCUGAACUUGCUGUCACCCAACAACUCUCAGGUUGGAGGAGGGGCGACGACCCCCGGCUCCUCUCAGUCCUCCCCCUCUCCUAUGAUGCAGCCCAGCCCGGGGUAUCCUGCCUACAGCUCCCCCAGCAUGGCCUCACAGUCCCAGCCAGACUACCACAAGUGUGUGUACGGCCAAGCGGGGAUGAACACCCUGUCUCCAAUGCCGCUGCAGACGCUGUCGGAGAGUAAGCCCAGCUUCGGGCCCGGAAUGGGCCAGUACAGCUGCACUGCGGGGCUUCUAAAGGAGCUGCUGACAUCAGAUACAGACCAGCACGGAGAGCUGAUGCCGUCGGUGGACACUGUGGUGUCUCAGUCCAGCGGAGGCUGCAUGCUGCCGCCGUACAGCAGCAGCCAACAUGCAGCCAAACUCAUGGGAGGAGGGAACGGUCACCUGCAUGGCCUCUCUCACACUCACCCCCACAAUGUGCACAGCCAAGCCCCGUCCUCAUCACCAGCUAUGAAUGGCCGCUUGCUCAUGUCCCUGAGCUACAACGGGGGCAGCUCGCGGCUGCCUGCAGCCAAAAGCCCCAUGCAGAUGCCUUACAGUCUGUCCGGCCACCUAAGCGGAGGAGGAAUGCCCGGCGGCUUCUGUCCUCUGAACACCAACGGAUACGGCCGGCCGGGCCUGUCACCACCCUCAUACCCAGAGAAACUGCCCAGCGACCUGGAUGACAUGUCCAUCGAGACGUUUGAGAUUGACAUGGAGACGGUGCUCCACGACACUCUGAUGGACGGAGACUCGCUGGACUUCAACUUUGAGCCGGUGGUGACCCAGCAAGGUUUCCCACAUGGGGUGAAGACCACCACACACAGCUGGGUGUCAGGGUAGAGACUGUAAUGCAAAAAAAAAAAGUUCUUGUUGUCGCUGUUCGGUAAACUCAUUUGAGAAUAAACAUGCAUUUUAUUCUCAUCUCAACAUCACCUGCAAUUUCUUUUCCAAUGACAUUCCUGUUUCAAAAAAAGAACUUUUCAAAGUACAUCGGCAGGCUGAGAUUGGUUGCAACCUGCUGAAGACAAAUCACCACUAAGGCCCCUGAAAAUGAAGUCAGGUUUAUUUUAAUAGUCUGUACGAACUAAGUGCCAAACAUUUUGCCUUAACAGAAGAGCCAAACUGAAACGCACCUCUCUGGUUUACUCACAAAGGUUACAGAGUUGAGUAGUAAUUUAGUCGAGUCUGUAAUUUUUGACACUGCCAACUACAUCUCAUCAGCAGCUGCAGCACAAUGUGUAGAAGUGCACAAACCCAUGCUGUUUACUGUGUGUCACCAGUCAAGCUUUUUGUAUGUGCAAAUAAUGAUAACUGAUUACCGCUGCGGACGGACGAUGAAGGUGAUCUGGCUCCUGGAGUUUGUGGACUGUCAUGAUAAUAAAACAAGCGAGGGAUUUCUCAAAGGAUCCUUGGGCGAUGUUACAGAAUAACUGACUUAUUACCUGAAUGUACAUAGUGUAAUCAUAUGGUUUGUAAAAUCAGGUCUCGUCGUGUAUUUUUAAAGAUUGUAAAUAGUGUUUACAGAAUGGAAGCAAAAAUCAAGGCAACAGAAAAUGAGCUCACAGAGAAAAACUGGAUCCGAUUCUUCUAAACACAGAUCUGCGCUUGAGAUCAAUCAGGCUGUAAAAUGAUAAUUUACUUUCUGAUUCCUCUGUACAUACAUUAAGAAUGUAUAUUAAAAUGAUGUAGUACAUGUUUACUAGAUUUAGUAUAUAUUUGAGACAUAAGUUAUUUGUGGUUAAUAUAGAUUUAUGCUGUUGCAUAACCUGCACUCAGACAUCAGAAUUGUUCUGGGUUAUUUGUCACUCUGAACCUUAAUACCACAGGGGCCUAUUUAUUGUGCCUAACAAAGUAGAUUUUGACGGCAGGCUUGAAGGGUUUUAAUAUUGUAAAUGUCUACGGUCCAGAAGAUACUCAAAUCCAGCAGUCUUGAAGAAAAGAACAGUGAACUCUUUUAUUUUCAAUUUCCUGCUUUCACUUGUCUGCAGAAGAAAUAAGUGACUGUAAAUUGUUAUUGUUAAGGUUUCCUGAACGCUUUCUCGGCGCUGUGAUUGUGAUGAGGUCGAGGUGGUUUUGGAUAAAAGAUAUUCUCAGUGCUACUGUUGUUGUCAUGCCGAGGCUGAAUGAGGCCUGCAGAGAUUGUCACUGCAAGUAAACCAGCCCGUGCUCUGUUCGGCUUCAGAGCUCUUUGCAUUUCCCUGUUUGUCUCGAACGUUUAGUGAUCCAGAUUAGUAUAGUAUGAUUCCUUUUUUUGUCCAAAAGAGCCCUCUAAAUGCUGUCAUUAGGAACAGCCUUACUGCUUUCACUCUGCCCCUCCUACCUCUACCUAUCAUUAUGUCUUUUUUUAAGCAUCUGAUAUAAUGGUAACGCAUGACUUGAUAACCCUCAAUCAUCUUUUUUUAGUCUAUUUUAGUCAUUAUUUAAAGUUUCUCCUGAAAAGCGCCACUAAGUGUUACGUAUCUGAGCUUGUAUAUUUGCAUUUUCAAACUUGCUUUUCCCACUUCUUGCUGUACUAACAACCAACUCUCCAGCCUGCCAGUGACUUAUUAUGCAGAAGCAGAUAAUCGUGCACAAGACUGUUGCGACCUUCAUCUGUCAACAUGACUGAUUCUCAUAAAGUCAACUGGUUUUGGUGGCUGAAAGCGGUAAAACUGAAAGCCUUUAUUAUGCGAUUGAUCUAGAAUGAUCAUGUCAGUAGGCGAUCCCGUGUUGUAUGAGUAUGUAGGUUUUUCAUUGUCAGCCACAGGUGAGAGAUCCUCAAUUUAUUUUUGUUUUUUGGAUGAAAUGAAAACCUGCAUACUCUGGAACAGCAAGUGUAAAUCAUCUGACAGAUUUUAAGAAAGAUCAAGCAAGUUAAAGUGAGUAAAAAUGACAUUUUUAACAUUUCAAAAGGCAGAGGAGCCGAUAAAGAAGCUGCUGUUUGGCUUUGUUGCCAGGUGUUGCCUUUUCUUACCCAAACAUGCCAUAGUGUACAAUAGCCAAAUUUGCCUUUUGAAGUCAAAGUGAUAUAUUUAGCAUUUUUAUCAUGUGAUGUGUUCAGAACUAUAUAUAUUUGUGCCGGUCACUCAAGUCAGGAUAAACUGUAAUGAAUCCAUGUAGGUUCACUCUAAAAGUUAAAGAGCUGUACUAAGUAAAUUAUAUCUCAAACAUCUUGAAAUGAUUGAAUCUAUGCAUUGUAUUCCUUAAUUUUAUGUUGCUGUUGUUAUAUUUUUCUUUUUUUCUUUGGACUUUUAACAGAGAUAUUUUAUUGUAACAUAGCGCUGUGAGAUGUUAUGGUGUUGUUGUUGUCAAAACUCUAUGUUUCAGAUAGUUAUAUGGGAAAAAAUGAAGUUUAUUUAGAAAAAAUAGAUAAUGCAGUGAUUGAUACGCUAAGCUUUUUGUAAACUGACAAUGUUGUUUUUAUUGUAUUCAGCUACGGUUUUUAGAAAAUAGCAUCAAAAAAAGCAAAUUACAGAAAAAAAUGUAAAGAUAUAUUGCAUUUUUAAAACUGAAACACACAAUAUUUAUUUGUCAGAGAAGUCCUGCUCAAAAUGAUGCAGAUUCUGGACCAAUUUAGAUAUUGCACUUUUACUUACAUUUUAUAACAAAAGGGCUCCUCGUAACAAGAGGAAGAGUUCCCAUUACAUAUUUUAAAAUAAAAAAAUCUGUUACAUUUACCUAAUGCAGGUAUACAGGAAUAAAUUGGAAUCGUGCUGUGUAAUUUGCAAUCAAUACAAAUAUGUAACUUGUUCAAUAUUAAUGUAUUAAGACCUAAAUAAAUGUACUUCUGUGUAAAAGAUG